GAUACAUCCUAAUGUGUGUAUAAAAAAAGUUGAGGUCAGUUGAAGUGCAUUUAUGGUAACGAGUGAGGAGAAGGCCUUCUUUGUGACAACAACGCUAACAGUAUCUGCCAAUAUGAGGCCAGCAAAUUACAUUUCAUGCAGCUUUGCGCUGUUCGUCUACAUCACCACCUUCCUGAUCGGGGUACCUGCCAACAUCCUGGCAUUCUGCACUUUUUGCCGAAAGGUGCGUCGCAAACCUGCCCCCAUCGACAUCCUGCUCCUCAACCUGACCAUCUCCGACCUCAUCUUCCUUGCUUUCCUGCCCUUCAAGAUGAAGGAGGCUGUUGAUGAUUUUAACUGGACCCUCCCUUACUUCCUGUGUCCAGUCACUGGCUACCUGUUCUUCUCCACCAUCUACAACAGCACCCUCCUCCUGACUGCGGUGAGUGUGGAGCGCUUCCUCAGCGUGGCGUAUCCCGUAAGGUUUACAGCACCAGGCAGGGUUUUCCACACACAGUUGGCCUGUGCAGUUUUCUGGAUCCUGUCCCUUGCCCACUGCAGUGUUGUCUUCGUAAUGCAAUUAGACAAAGAUGCCGACAACACUACCUGCUAUGGAAAUUUCAAUGAUGUCCAGCUUAUUACCCUUCUCCCGGUACGCUUAGAGAUGUUCCUGGUUCUCUUCUGUGUACCCUUCCUGAUCAGCACCUUCUGCUAUGUCAACUUGAUCCGUAUCCUGUCUAGGCUUCCCAACAUCAGCCAGCACCGGCGCCUGCGUGCCAUCGGGCUGGCGUUGGGGACUCUGCUGGUUUUCGCCCUCUGCUUUGGGCCCUACAACGUGUCCCAUAUGGUGGGGAUCAUGCAGAAUAAAGUCCCUACUUGGCGCAACAAUGCCAUUCUGCUCACCACCUUAAAUGCCUGUCUGGACCCCAUCGUCUUCUACUUCUCCUCCUCAGCUGUUAGGAGCACUCUCAGCCUCUGCUUGAAGCGAAUCAAGGCUCAGCUCAAUCCAAUGGCCACAGCCGCCCAUGCUGGUAAUACACCAGACCCUAUGGACUCCACCCAUUCGUCCAGCCAGAAGUUUGUCGCUGCUGCCAAAAGUGGGACAAAUUACACCCCACGAUGAAUCAGUGACUAGUAAAUCAGUUUUGUCCAUCCAUACAAAGUGUACACAAAGCAUUGGAAUGGUGUGUUUCCACAAUGUGAUCUAAAAUUCUGAUACCAUGGUAUCAGAGCAUUUUGAUAGCAUUUGUCCAUCUGAAACUGCUAUAGAAUGUCUGAAUUCAUCUGCACAUGUAUUCAGUUCUGUGUGCAGUGAGACAACAGUAUGAUGAUGUCUGGUGACUGUGACUGGUAACUUAGCUUGUGUCCCACAAGGGUUAUUACAGUACAUUUGUAUUACUUGUACAGAGGGUAAUGAUGAGAAUAGUACAUUAGAAUGGUAAACUGUAAAAUAUGUUAUUAAAGGGAAUACAGAAGCUUCCAAUUUGUCUUUGUGGCUAAUCUUAUGCCUUGCGUAUUGAGACUGUAAAUUGCUGCACAAAUAAUUUUAAAAAAUCAGUAUCCUAAAAGUCACAUUGUGGUUAUUGCACUUGAAUAUACAGUAUAUUGUCUAUGCGUUAUUACACAUGUAAUUAGCUUUUUUAUUGAUCAGUUAGUCGAUAAACUCCUUAUUAAGACAUUAUCCUUGCCUAAUGUUAUUGCUUUUCUUGCCAACUAUCUUUUAGAUUUAUCAUCAAGUCAUUCAUGUCAGAAUCAAAUAUAAUGCUUAUCAGUGGAGCUUUUUCAAGAACUUGAGGGUCAUCUUUAUCUGGAGAAGAGGAAAUUGUAAGAGGAAGGAAUAUGCUUAUUUGUGUAGAGUGUAUAUUCUCCUAUGUAUUUGUAAUGUCUCGUGUUGUUGAGGAAGGUACUGUUCACACCUGCUGUAUCCUGUGCACGUGACAAAUUAGAUUUAGGUCAUUUCCGGACCUCUUCAUGAUAGGGGCCCAAGUUUCAAGUCAGCAAAGAACAACAACACACUUGUAUGUAUUUUUGGGGGGUAUUUUUUGGUGUUUUAGUAUCCCCAUUAGCUGUUGCAAAAGCAGCAGCUACUCUUCC